AUGGGGAAUUGUUUGUCUCAUGUUAAAGGUGGGAAGCAGGCCGUAGGAGGAGUAGGCCAUCAUAUGGACCCUGCAGGUGCUGCCGGUGGUGGUGAUGGUGCUGCUGUUAGGCGGCCGAAUGAUGUUGUUGACUUGUUCUAUAGGACAAAGGGGUCUUACGCCCUUUACAUCCCAAUCGAGUUAUCAUUAUCAGCUUCAAAUCUACAUGAUCUUGAUAUUAUUUCUAAGAGUGAUCCAAUGGCAGUGGUAUCUAUUAGAAGAAGAGAUGGGACACUGGAAGAGCUUGGUCGAACAGAAGUUAUAAUGAACAACUUGGACCCUGUAUGGGUACAGAAAAUUAGUGUCAUGUACCAAUUCGAGACCGUGCAGACAUUGAUUUUCCAUGUCUAUGAUGUCGACACAAAAUAUCAUAACAUACCAGCCAAGGAUCUUAAAUUGAAUGAUCAAGAUUUCAUUGGUGAAACUAGGUGUGUUCUCUCCGAGAUUGUAACCAAGUGCAACCGAUGCUUAACACUGAAUCUGCGCAACAGGAAUGGCCAUGUCCGGAAAAACUUAGGCGAAAUUACUAUUCAUGCAGAAGAAAUAGUCACUUCAAGAACUGCCGUAGAGAUGACAUUGCGAUGUACCAACCUGGAAAACAAGGAUUUAUUCUUGAAAAAUGAUCCUUUCUUGAGAAUAUCUAGGAUUAUUGAAACUGGAGGUUCUGUUCCAAUUUGCAAGACAGAAGUCGUCGAUAAUAACUUGAACCCCAGGGGUAAUGAAAAGGUCCUCAAAGGUCAACUUUUUGUUGAAAGAUAUGCUGAGAAGCAAGUCUAUAGUUUUCUUGACUACAUUUCUAGUGGAUUUGAUCUUAAUUUUAUGGUUGUUGUGGAUUUUACUGCUUCAAAUGGAAAUCCUCGCAGUCCUGAUUCCUUGUAUUAUAUUGAUCCUUCUGGCCAUUUGAAUGCUUACCAGAAGGCUAUUAUGGAGGUUGGAGAUAUCAUACAAUUCUACGAUUCUGAUAAGCUCUUUCCUGCUUGGGGAUUUGGGGGCAAGGCGAAUAGUGGAACAGUAUCUCACUGUUUUAACUUAAAUGGAAGUUCAGGUGCCUCCGAGGUGGAAUGUGUGGGAGGUAUUAUGGAUGCUUAUUCUAGUGCUUUGAAGAAUUUUACUCUUUUUGGACCUACAUUGUUCGGGCAUGUAGUUAACAAGGCUUCAGAAAUUGCUGUCGAGUCCCUCAAAUACAACCAUAGCAAGUAUUUUGUCCUCCUCAUAAUAACGGAUGGUGUCAUUACCGAUAUGCAAGAAACAAUAGAUGCUCUAGUGAGGGCAUCUGACCUUCCACUUUCAAUCCUUAUUGUAGGAGUCGGCGGUGCAGAUUUUUCACAGAUGGAAGUCCUUGACGCUGAUAAUGGACAACGAUUAGAGAGUUCGACAGGAAGGGUAGCUACACGAGACAUUGUUCAAUUUGUUCCAAUGCGAGAAGUACAUAGAGGGCAAAUUUCAGUUGUUCAAGCACUUCUAGAGGAGCUACCUGGGCAGUUUCUAACAUUCAUGCGUUGUAGGGAUAUUAGACCUCCUAAUAUUUCUGCUGCACAAACAUAUGGUCCAGGACAGUCCGAUGCACAGCUUGAGUAGGAAGAAUAGCUUCAGAGGCCAUCAAAAUAUUGAAAUGAUUGCAGAAGAAAGAGUGUCUGCUGGGAAGGUUAAAUGCUGCAGAAGUCAAUUGUAUAUGCUUCAAAACCUACUG